GGCCGCCAACGGCAAAGGCCACUGCGGCAUUCCAAAGCGGCACUGCAGCAGCAGGGAUCGCUCGCCGGAACAACGUGCAAAGCGAGCUUGCGGGGACGCCCUUAGACGACGACACGGGCCGCACGCCGAGCCCCGACGCCCGGCAAGCUUCCCCCGAAAGCCGCCCAAGCGAGCCCCCCGCCGCAUGGACAAAGCUAGCGGCCCCGAUGCCCCUCAACAGAUCGACGAGCCAGCAGUGAGCAACGACGACAAGCAGAAGUCUCAGGCAAAGCCGGCGAAUUCUGAAGCCAGUUCAGUAGCAGGUCUGGAACCCUCCAACGAUGACGUUUCGCCGCUGGCUGCCGCCAAGUUGUCAGGUGCAAUCCCCAAAUCUGACAGUGCAGCUUCAAGGGAUUCCAAGACGCCCGGUUCGUCGACAGAGCGCCAGAGCACGAUUCAAACCGUGUCGGCUGCUCACUUGAGCAGCGAAGGUGCAGAUGCCAAAAUAGGGGAAGAAGACAAAGGACCACAAUCAACCGAAGAAAAGAGCAACAUUUCAGUGUCGUCCCAGAGUACAUAUCCAAAGCCUGAAAGCGUCGCCACCAAAGUGCCAGAAAAAUGUGGGAUUGCGGCGGACGGGACUGCGAUGGCCAGUGAAGCGACAUCAAGGGACGAGAGCACGGCAUUGACAAAUCAGCAGGCGUCUAGGGCGGAAAGUGCAGUGCCUUCUUCAACAGGCUCUCCCAGCACGCAUGAGCGAGAAAGAGAAGGAACCAGCUAUUCUGCCAAAUCUGAUAAGGUCGAUUCCGAGAAGGUCUUUCCAGAACUGUCGUCUGGUCUAACGGACGGCGGGGGAGGCGAUUCCGUUUGCGAAUCUACAGCCACGACAAAAGGCGAUACCAAAGAGGAAAACAAAGUCACUAGCACAAACGGUCACGGGGAAUCAACCGUCCCCAGUGCUGUCGAAUCUCUGAAGCAUGUUGAGUCUUCUCCGAGUCACAUAGGGGGUGGUGACGCGGGGUAUCACAAAGCCAAUGGGGACCAGAGCGCGGAGAAAAAGCAGGAAAUGGAGUCGCACUUGGAUAAUGCACACGCUCCCCUAAAAACGACAGUGCUAGCGGACGGUAGAUCCUUAAGGACUCGUGAAGCUAAAGGUUACACAGAUGAAGGGGCAGGCCAAAGUAAUGCAACAAAUGUACAGCCGGCGGAGAGCAUCGGAAAAGACAAAGAACCAGCACCGCAAGAUACCAGGCCUAAAUCUUCCAUUCCUCCUCCCGCUGUGUACGAUAAGCCGUCAAGAUCGGCCACGGUUGAAAGAAAGCUCCCUGAAGAGACCGCAGGUACAGUCUCCAAGACAAACGGCCUGCUCAGUGAGCACGAAAUAGCAGAACCGGCCCUUGAAACAACAAUAGAAACAUCGAAGCAGGUCGAGGUGGACGAAUCGAUACGACCCCAGCAAGCGUGCUACACGGGCACAACGGAUCCGACCAUUCCUACAGGUGCUCCGAAAGUAAAAACCAGCGAACUGCCGACAGCACUUGACUUACCGAGCGAUAUAAUUGACGAAGAGGCGAUCAAAGCGCAGCUCUACGCUCUGACUCCAGAAAGCGCCGAUUCCCCUUUAGAACGUGGACAAAUCGAGAUGGCAGCAGGGCUAAUGGCCUCCGAUAAAAGAGGAUCGCCAUCUGAACAAUUAAUAAAAGAUGCUCUUCAAGGUCUCCCGAAGCCUGAACAAGCAACAAGCGAGCUUGAGGGAAAGCUGCCUUCCCCAAAGAAUGCCGAAGGUCCCGAACCAACGAGUGAAUGCAGCGAACAUGAGGAUCAAAAAGAGAAAUCGAGAUUUUUUACUCAAGGUAAACCGACCGUCAGCGAAAAGACGGGCAAAGAAAGGGACAACGAAGAAGCACAGGAAAGGAGACUAUCGGAAUCAAAAUUGGACUUUGAAGAAAAAGGGAGGCUAGAAGCGGGAAAAGCUGAGAAGUCUGAUUCCGCAACGGGAGAGAAAGCCGACAUACCCGAGAAGACGAAAAAAGAAUCCGAAUUGGUGCCACUGGAACACCCCGAAACUGCCACAAAAGACAAUAAAAGCGAAGAAGCUAAACUUUCUUCGGAUAAGACUGAGUCGAAUCAAAGUGAAGGAAGAAAAUCCGAAAAAUAUGACGAGGAAAAGGGCUUGGAAGAGAAGGACGAGAAGGACGAGAAAUACGCGAAGGAGGUUGACGUGAAGGAAUCCGGCGAGAACGAGGAGCUGAAACACGAACCAGGAAAAAAUCUCGUUUCUACAUCGCCUGGGGGAACCGAGCAUUUGGAACCGGGAAGCAGGGACAACCAAAACGAGUCACGCAAAAAGGAGGAUACAUCUGAUCGAUGCAAAGAUCUUGCUUCUCCCCAACCGGACAAGAACGGGCAUGCCGACGCAUCGCCGUCGAACAAAGAAGUCGAGUCGACGGAAGAAAAAGAAACUGCCCAAGACGUCUUAAAAGAAGACAAGUCUUCAAAGGAUGUCCGGGAGGAAGAAGAACCGGCAGAUAUAUCAAGAGCCGUGACUGGCGACGAGGUAACUGAAAGAACGGCGUCCGCACAAGACGCGCCAACUAAGGGGGAAGUUGAAGAAGCAAACAAUGUACAAGAAGAAGAAACAUCAGAAGCAAAGGGCAUGACAGAGGCUUCAGAGAAGGAGUCGUUAGUGGAUACAAUUGAACCACUAAAAAUUGCGUCAUUCCAAGAUGAGGUGACAGUUGAAGACUUAAAGGAUGAGAGGAAGGUCAGCCCUGUGGACAAAACGGUGGAUUCAAUUGACACCAGGACAGAGAUUGCUACGAAUGAAGGAGGAGAGACAGCAGAAACCGGUACUGAACACCAUGCUAAUGUCAAAGUUUCUGAAGUCGACGAAGGAAAAGAAGCGCAGAAUGGAGCUGAGACAAAAGCAGAAGAUGAAAUAGACUCCAAAUCCAAAGAUGAUGGUGAGUUAAAACCAGAGUCUAAACCCCCAACGGAAGAUCAGCAUGCCUCUGCGAAAACAGAUGACGAAAAAGCUACUGAACCAUCCGAUGAACUCGUACUGCCAACAACCGAAGACUCGGACGCACAAAAGCAAGAUGAAACCGAAGCUCCUGAUGAAGGUCAAGAACUAGCAGUUCCUUCAGGGGAACAGGCUGCAGAAGCAAGCGUGCUUGACACAGAGGCAGCCCCAGAAAGUGAACUGUCCGCGGUAACAGCUGAAGAUGUCGAUAAAGUGGAAACUACAGGAAGCGUAAUCCAGGAGGCAGCGUCCGAGGAGCAGCAAGGUGCCGAGCCAGGUAUCGAAGAAGCCCCUUCCGAAGUCGAAGCUGCACCUGUGUGCGAAGAGCUGGUUGCAGAAACGCCUGCAGCUUCGGUUACUGCAGAACCGCCGCAAGUCAAGAAGAAGACAAGCCUACCUAAAUCGCCCAGCAAGCGGGCGACAGGCAAGGUCCCACCCAGGUCGCUUGACAAGAAAGAGCCACCUGCCACUUCAGAUGCCAAGUCAAAGGCACCGGGCUCCCCCAAGAAGCCCACCAGCAUCCCGGACAAAGGCAGCCCGUCCCCGAAAAAGUCAGCAGCCCCGCCCAAAAAUGAAGUCACGUCUCCAUCCAAGACCGCGCGGACUCCUGGAGCCGAUCAGAAAAAACUGCCACCCAUCAAGGCUCCCGUUGGCCAAGCCCCCAAGCCUGAUCUGAAGAACGUCCGCUCCAAAAUUGGUUCCUUGGACAAUAUCAAGCACAAGCCCAAGGGAGGGGAGGUCAAGGUACAAAGCAAGAAGCUGGAGUGGCGUGCAACACCAAAGGUCGGAUCUUUAGACAACGCGGCGCACAGGCCUGGGGGAGGGGACAAGAAGAUUCUCUCCCAGAAGGUUGACUUCAAGGCACAGUCCAAAGUAGGAUCAUUGGACAACGUGGAUCAUAAGCCGACGGGCGGCGCAGUCAAAGUGGAGACCCAGAAGCUAGACUUCAAGGACAAGGCGACCCCGAGGGUAGGGUCCAUGGACAAUGUCAAACACAAGGCGGGUGGCGGAGAUGUAAAGAUCUUGUCGGAGAAGCUCGAGUUCAAGGAAAGAGCGGCUUCGAAGAUUGGCUCCUUACCAGCCUCGGACACUGGAAGCACCAGAGGCUCGGAAUCGCAAAGUCCCACAAACCUCACGAGUCCCCAGCCCCAGCACGGUUUUGAAGAGGUGGCUGCUGCGAACGGCCAUGACGACUCGGACGUUUCUCCGACCAAGGAGGAAACUUCGGCUGUACCGCCAGGCGCCGCUAGCGUGCUGGCAGCCCCUGAAGUGGCCCAGUGUUGAUGCUGCAACCCAAGCACUACGCUAUACAGCGACAGCAGUAACAACAGCAACCCAGUGCAUCUCUAUUUAACAAAGUACGGCUUCUUCAAACCUUCUUUCAGACGUGUCUUUUUCUCUUCUUUAGUACCGUAUUUAUACUAUAUGCAUAUACCUGCUUUUCCUCUUCUCUAACUUCUUUUAAGGUUGCAUAUGUAAUCUGCAAACUUUCGUCCCCUUUCCUACCGUAUAACUAUGAUGUAGAUGGCUGUUACGGAAAUACGAUAGCCGCAGAGACGUGUCAAUAGUAUGUAAGGCUGACGAUACACGAGAAUGCACUCUGUCUGCAAACAUUCAGAGCUGAGGUUCUUGUUGAACAAGACCCGUUCUGGUUAUGCUUACAGUACAGUGAGUCAACUUUCUUGUAAUUUCAGCAGCUAUGUAUGUUGUCAUGUUUUGGGUAGGACUGGGACUAUAAAUCACAGCACUAAGUCAGCUUUUUUCAGUUCUUAUUGUGCACGCAAAGAGCUAUAGUAUUGUGAAUGUUUGUGAAGGUCUUCUAGUCUAUCAAAAACACGCUCUCCUGCUAUUAGAACAGUCACCCAUACAUAACACGAUUCCCCCUCGUCAUUGCUUUUAGUUAUCAUCUCUUAUAAUAAGUUUGUCAUAAUUUUCAGAUGCCGAGAUUGAUUUUACACUGCCGCGAGGCUGGGUGUGCCGUUUUGUGUGUAUAAUGUAUCUUUUGAUACAGACUGCACUCUAAUUAAACGUAUGUCAGAAACAUUGGCUGCUUGACUCACGAAGCUUCUUCGUGAAAUAGUGCCUGAAAGCUUUCUCGCGGGCUUCGGAGUAUCCCUCGAAAGAGGAGUUGCAUGAGCUUUCGGCAAUGUAGUGACUGGACGACUGUAUCCGGUGCCGUUUCGUAGGCUUUGAGCAGUUGUAUGCAGAGCGCAAGCUGGAUUAACACAGUAACCGUGAUGAUCAUACUUUGCACGCAUCUUGAAAGGUCAAGAGACCCUUUCAAACUGUAGGUUUAGGAAAUAUUUUACAGCGUUGCGGGAAUUCGCGUUAAUAUACAUUUGCGAGUUACAUUGAAAAACAAUCUUUGCGCAACAUAGUCGAAGUUUGUUAAGACUACUGUUCUAACAGUCCUUUAAUCCCCUUUAAUGCGCAGCUGUCAUGUUAUCGCACUUUGGUGUGGGAGACUAUACUUUUUAUUCAAAACAUUUAUGGGUUGAGGAAUUUACUCCUGGCAAAUCCUAAGGCUACAUAAUACGACGUGUUUACUAGGACCUAGAAAUUUGGUUAAGUAAGUUAUAUAAAGCAUUAAAUAGCUUGCAGUCGCUCUUUGAGAAUAAACUCAUUCCAAUAAAACACAUUUAUGUUUUUGCUUUUCUGAGUGAAGUUUGACGUGAUCUUUCUUUUUUCUUUUUUUACAACACAGGCUCUAAAAUGGUUUAGCAGCUCUUAAAUUAGGCACUUACUGUACGAUUGAAAGUGAGCCCUGAGUUAUUCUCCAAAGCAAAAUGAAACGACUUUCAGCAUCAAAGAAUGCCGGGAAACACGGAAACAAAUCAGUACGAUAGGGAUUAGGUGUAAAUACUCCAUAUUUCUUCAUAGAAACAUUUCAUAUUUGAAUACUGACCUCCAAUGUACCAUACACUUCCCCUUCUCCCGAGUUUGAUAAGAAGGGAAUGUUAUUUAUCUUCUAAUUCGCUGUUGGAGGUCUCAUUUGUAUGCGUGCCAGACUGCUACAAUUCUGCCCAAGAUGUACUCCGAAAUCCUGUAACGUACGAUAUAUCUCACGUAAAUAAUAAUGUCUCUUUGUCGCACAGGAAGCUCGUUCAUUCUGCUGCGUGCUUCUGUCAGUUUUGUGAGUGGUUUUAUGGCAAUGAUCUCCAAAGCUGAUUUGACUCUUACAAGGCGAGAGUGUAGCUGUGAAGACAUUCCUAUUGCCAGUGACCGAACAUUAGCCGUUGUGCUACAGGUGCAUAUUUCGUAUUGCUGUAAAAAAACACGAAGUGCUGUGAUUCCAUGCAAGUGGAACGGACGACUGAGGUGAGGAACGGCGGUUUGUUUAUGAGGAAUGGGGCAGUGCAAAGUAAUAUAUUCGUAUUAUAUAUAUAUCUACAGCCUGCUCUGUAUGAAGUUGAUGUGCCAUUUUGUAAAAUGUUUUUUAUAAGAAUUGUGAGCACUACAUUCUAGGUCGCUUUCCCCUCACAUUUUGUUAUGUACAGCAAUACUGUUAUCAACCAAGUCACGGUUUUACAAAUGUAUAGCUUAAUUUAUUUACAAAAAUACAUCGUGGUACAAGGUGACAAAGAUUUUAUUUUCCGUAGAGGAAUGUCGCCGAGCCUUAUUAGCUAGGGUUUCUUACACACUUUCACCCUUUAAAAACUGUUUGAGCUAUAUGCUACGGUGGAGUCCCACUUCACAUUUAGUUCGAAUUGACACCAUUCGUUGCGUUUUCUUUUGAUUCGCGGGAAUCCUAGAAUGCACCUGCGAUUGCAAAAUGUUGACCCUUGAAAACAGUAUUGCUGUGGGCUUCUUUGUCUUAAUUGUUCUAGGAAUUUACAAGAUGUAGGUUAGAAUAGUUACGAAAGGAUCCAGAUAGAUAUAAUCCACACGGGUAAUUUAUUUAAGAACACCGAUUUUUGUGGUAUUUUAUUUCUUCGAAAGAGUCAACUUGUUUUUCAGUAGCAAAAAUAAUGUAAUUUUGUUUGUGUCUUGCUGGUUGAAACUGCGGGGUGUAACCGAGGGCAGCUGCGAAGAAACAAAGCGACCGGAAUAUCUGUACAAGGACAACAAGCAUCAUAACGAAUUUGUAAUUACCGUUGUUAAUGGGCAAAUAAAUGGCUGAAAAGCAUCAUGAACGUUCAACAAAUCAUCCCAUAAACUAUUAUAAUGCCAGUAGAUAGCCUUCCAGUACAGCCUCAUUGGUGAAUAUAACUAGACUGCCUGAAACGUUACUGAGUUCAAUGUUUUGUAGCUCUGUACCUGUUAUUUGUGUACUGUGCAUGAUUUGCCAAAUUACUGUAUCGAUACACCAUCACUCUGCCUGCUGCUAAACAAUGACUGUAUUUUGUAGGUCCAAUAAAAUAGAGAAGUUAAACUGGCAAA